AUGCCUCUGAGUGCCAUUCCCGUGGCCAACAACCAAGUCUUUACGGUCUCGCUGCCUGGAACUAUCAUCGACUGGAAGGAUUAUUACUACAAUUCUUCCAAGCUCAUCAAGCCACCGUUGGACAUUCAAGUCAAGGAGGCUAGGCUCGUUGAUGGAAUGAUCCCCUUGUCCAAGUAUACUGCCGGCAAAACUGGAAAGAGUGUUGCCCGCAGUUACCUCGCCGCAUUGGAUCUGCUGGUGCCUGUGGAGGCCUCCGUCUCUGGCGUAAUCGGCAAUGAGAGCUCCGAAGUCACCGACGAGCGCCUCAAGACCAUUCGCGACCGCUACAAGAUGUCCAUGGCGUAUCUUACAUCCCCAGACGACACCCCUGGUGGCAAUGGCAAGUCAAAGGUUGAUACGUAUGUGCAGAAGCAGGCUAUCUGGGCGAGGGAGGUGGCUGCGUAUGCCCAGGCGCAGGCGCAGGCUAUGGAGAGGAGUCAGCCGCCCCCUGGAGCCACUACUGCGCAGGUCCGAGAGGCCAAGGAGAAGUAUAUGCAGUGGAUUCAGGAGCAUGCCCGCGAGUUCAAGAACAACAUCCAGACCAAGUACAUGGACUGGGUGGUGCAUGGCUACAAGUUUAUGGUUGAUUUCCACUUUGGAGUUGUCGACAUCUCCUCGGGCAUGAAGCGUAUUGAGAACAGCAAGGAGGCGUACCGAAACCUCACGGUCAUUGCUCCUGAUGGCUCAAGCGAGUACAAUGGGGUUGUGCUCACCCCUAGUAGCUGGGCGACCAUAGUGGCCAAGAAGGUCCUCAAUUGGAAAAAGAACAACUCGGGGCCGUCUGCCGCUGAGAUUCGCGCCGAGCUUCGUCGUCUCCAGAACCUGCUGGUGUCUCACCAGACCCUACAGAAGGCCAUUGACGAGGAUGCAUUCUUCCCUAUUCUCGCGAGCAACAAGGACGCAGGUCAGAGCGACCUGCAAGCCGCUUACGCGCAGGUCUACGCCAACAUGGACGAGGAGAACAAGCGCCUUCUCACCGAGAAGAAGGAGGGCGAUACGCCACCUGCUGAUGACCGCUCCAAAGCUGAUUGGCUGAAGAGGGAGUUCGGCAAAGACCGCCUGGAGGGUGCGGCCGCUCUGGACAAUCUCGUCAACGUGCAGAAGGUAAACACAGAGCAGAGCCUUAGCCGCACCAAUGCGACUGUGCGUGAUACCCAGAAUGCGAACAAGGAUAAGGCUGGCCAAUGGCUGGGCGCCAGGAUCAGUCAGCUGGAGGCAGAUAUCGCCGAUCUCAAAGAGCAGCUCGGCGUGGCAAGGGGUGCCGAGCAAGCCCAGGCUCAACUCCUUGCCCUGCCUGUUGUGAACGGAAAUGGCAUUGUCGUGACAGACGACGAAGCCAGGGCCGACCCCAGUAUCAAGAGCCCGAGGAAGCCGGAUAUUGAAGACUUGGACAACGAGGAGACCUGGCGUAACAGGACCGACGAUGGGCCGGAUCCUUGGACAAAGAUCUCAUGCAAGGUUUCCGCCAAAGCUAAUCUCGCGGAGACUUCUACGUCGCAAUCCGCCUCUGCAGUUGCAGCCAAGGCAGGCUGGGGAUGGUGGAGCGCUUCCGCCAGCGCGACACACGCAGAGAGCAGCUCUGAGGCGAUGCAGCAAAUGUCCAACCUCGACGUUGAAAUCAGCAUGAGCUGCAUGGUCGUGGAGAUUGAACGCCCCUGGCUUCACGCGGAGCUUUUCGCUGAUGCCGAGCUUGACUCUGGAAACUUCAAAGUCUCGCCCGGCGAAGAUGCGCUCAAGAAGGCGUUUGAACAGGAGCAAACCCUCGACGGCGAGUACCAGCAGUUCUCCUCGUUCCCCACUGCAUUUGUCGUCGCUGCCGAUGUGGAGCUCAGUUUCUCCGGAGACACAACCAAGCUCGAAAGCGCCGUCUCUGCAUCGUCGACCUCAGCCAACCUUUCCGUCGGGUACGGCCCCUUUGCAGUCUCUGGGUCCCACAACUCGUCCAAGUCCAAGUCCCGAACCAAGAUGGAGUCCACUGCGACUGGUUGCAAAAUCUCUGUUCAGGCUCCGCAGAUUGUUGGCUGGGUUCAGACUCUCCUGCCUCAACUGCCCAAGCCCAAGACUGGCGUCAGCACCAUGAAAGGUCUUUUCAACUAG